AUCCUAUUUGAGUCUGUCAACUUGGCUUCUGUCUUCUCCACUCUCUGGAGAUCUGGUAGGUGCUCCUCAGAUGACGGUAAAUCAAAAAACUUCAAUGUAUUUUUCUUCCAGUUAAUAGCACAACAUAAAUGUAUUUUCAUGUUGCAGCAGGAAACAGAUGCAGAUUUUUGGACAGGGUGUAGAAUGUAGAAUAGUAAAGCCUGGAAUUACUAAUGGAGAUAUACACGUGGAUUUGUGACAGAGGGGAAGGAAGCAGUAACUUCAUGAUGGUGUGUCUCUCUCUCUUGAUUGAGAGAGAGACUGAUUCUUUAGAGUCAUUGUGAUGAUGGGACCAGUAAGUCGCCAUGGUAACUUUUACAGAGCCACCAGACCUCCAGAAAAUGCAGGUCCCAUCCCAUCUGGCCAUACCCAUGUCUCCGGGAAUGCGGCGCAAAAAGCUGAUGUGGCAGAAUGCUGUCAAGCACAUCAUCAGCCAGCGGCAGCUGAAGGAGCAGUAUGGCAUGGAACCUGCCCGAAAGAUUUAUGUCACUGAUGCCUACAUUGAAGAGAUCAACCGGCAAAUCCGCAAUAAGUCAUCCCGUGGCAUCACCAAGCGACGUUCCUCUGUUGCCCGUGUUCAUCCGUCCUUUUUCGGGGAGCGCAGCAGCUUUUCCAGCACACAGGCUGGGAUCUGUGCCGACUACGCCAGCGAUGCAGACUUUUUUGUGCGCUGGGGUCGCACUAUUCAUGGAGUUUAUGUGCCAACAUUAAGACACACCUUCAAGUCCCGGGAUCUGGAAAAACUCUUCCAUCGCCACUCCUCACACACCAGACGCACCUCACUAGUGGUCACCAACAUUUUAGAUGCUGCUGCCAAGCUUCACCUGCUAGUCCUCUACCUGGCUCUAGUGCCAGAUGGUUCAGACAUGCUCGGAGGCUGCCUCACUGGUGUCUUCUUGGCCUUUGCUUUAGUACUUUGUGUUCUGGUGCUCACUUGCAAACGUUCACAUUCUCCAGAGUGGUUGCAUUAUGCUGGCAUGGCCAGCUGGCUGUCGCAAACCGCCCAGGUAUUGGGUGGGCUCGGGUAUGGACUGGAGAACGACCCAUCCUGGUAUGUUUUGUUCACCCUGUUUGCCACGUACACUCUUCUCCCAUUACCGUUGCUGUGGGCUAUGGGAGCCGGCUCACUCACCUCCACACUGCACCUCAUCGUGGAGACAGUGCAGCACUUUAAUGAAGUGGGACUGCUGAGAAAGAUUCUUGCAAAGGCCUUGCUGUACGUGAGUAUGAACACAGCAGGACUUUUCAUACAUUACCUGACCGACCGAGCUCAGAGACAAGCCUUCCUCGAGACACGCCGCUGCAUCCAGGGCCGGAUGAAGCUUGAGACAGAAAACCAGAGACAGGAACGUUUGGUGUUGUCUAUACUCCCUCGAUUUGUUGCCUUGGAGAUGAUGGCUGAUAUGACUGCCAUGGAUAAUGAGCUGCUGCCUCAACAGUUUCACAAAAUCUACAUACAUCAUUACACCGAUGUCAGCAUCCUCUUUGCUGAUAUAAAGGGAUUCACUCUGUUGUCCAUGACCAUGUCUGCUCAGGAGCUAGUAAGCACCCUCAACGAGCUCUUCUGCCGCUUUGAUCGUCUAGCUGAGGAACACCACUGCUUGAGGAUAAAGAUACUGGGGGACUGUUACUACUGUGUGUCUGGAGUACCGGAGCCGCAGAGAGCUCAUGCUCGCUGCUGUGUGGAGAUGGGCCUGGCUAUGAUUGAUACCAUACGGUAUGUGAGUAAGCAGCUAAACCAUGACAUGGACAUGCGGAUUGGGAUCCACUCAGGCUCAGUUCUUUGUGGGGUUCUGGGCCUGCAGAAGUGGCAGUUUGAUGUGUGGUCCUGGGACGUGGGCAUUGCCAACAUGUUAGAAGCAGGUGGUAUCCCUGGUCGUAUCCAUAUCUCACGGGCCACCCUGGACUGCCUGGACGGGAACUACCAAACUGAAGAUGCCUGUGGUUAUGAACGCAAUGAGUUUCUGCGGAAACACAACAUUGACACUUUCUUCAUCUGCCAUAAGGAGGAGGAGCCAGAUAUAGCAGAGGAGGAGCCUCUCAAGAUAAGCACAGAUCAUACCUGGAACAGAAAAAUUCCCUUUGGCAACGUGGUAGAUAUGAACUGUAUUUUGGCUUCAUUCACUAAUGGCUCCUUACCGCAGCUGCCCAAUUCGAGAAACCGGCGUUCCAGCUCCAAAGAGAUUAAUAAAAGGAUCGAGCAUGCCAUUGACCUGCGCAGCAGUGAGCGAAUGAGGCAGGAGCACAUCACUGUGGCCACGCUGGUGUUCAAGGACACACAUAUAGAGGAGAAGUUCUCACAAAUAAGGGAUGAAACCUUUAAGACCAAUCUUGUGUGCUCCUUCAUCAUGUUCCUCUUCCUUAUGGUGAUCCAAGCCCUCAUCCCAGCUCCCAGCAGAUUAUAUCCCACUGUGGUGCAGUUUGGUCUGGUGCUGCUGAGUUACAUGCUGUUGCUGGUGAUGACACUUGCUGAGGAGUUUAAGCAAUCUCCUGCUGCCCUGCAACAACUCUGCUGCUGGAUCCAUGAAAACAACAGCAUGCGCAGUCUGCUUACCGUCACAGCCAUCACCAUCAACUUUGGCAUGGCUUCUGCUGACAUGGUUUGGUGUAAUUUUUUGGAGGCAGAAGGAAGAGAGGAUGCUGAUAAGAACAGUGUGGAUCGACACAGCCAGGAGACCCUAACUGUCUGCACACAUCCUGAGUUUUUCGUACUGAGUGGAGUUGUGUCAAUGGUUUCCUGUGCGGUAUUCCUGAGACUGAGUUCACUGCUGAAGCUGACCGUUCUGUUACUGGUGAUUAUUGUCUAUACGUACUUCAUCGAAGUGGCCUUCCAUGCACUCUACCUCAGUCAACAAGAGCAGGAGCAAAUGUACAGAUCUCCCUACUUAAAGAGAAAGGGUGUCGCAAUUCUCUUAAUGACCAUGUUUGUCAUAGCAGUUUUCUAUAAUGGCCGACAGUGGGAGGCCACUGCGAGGCUGGACUUCUUGUGGCGUCUGCAGGCUCAGCAGGAAGUGGAAGACAUGCGAGAGCUGAGGGAGCACAAUGAAUGUCUGCUGCACAACAUCCUGCCUGCACAUGUGGCCCGCCACUUUCUGGACAGGAACAAGCAUGAUGAUGAGUUGUAUGCCCAGUCAUAUGAUGAAGUGGGGGUAAUGUUUGCCACCAUCGCUGGCUUCAAUGACUACUAUGAACAGAAAGAGAUUAAACACGAGGGUGUGGAAAGUCUCAGGCUCCUCAAUGACAUUAUUGCAGAUUUUGAUGAGCUGUUGGAGGAGACAUACUUUAUGGAUAUUGAGAAGAUCAAAACCAUUGGAAGCUGCUACAUGGCAGCAUCUGGCUUAUCACCUGAUCAGCAGACUCGUGGUGGAAGAAACUGGCAUCAUCUGAGUGAACUAGUGCUUUUUGCAAUGGCAAUGCAGGAGACUCUGAGAAGAAUCAACAACCACACCUCCAAUAACUUCCAGCUUCGUGUUGGUAUAUCACAUGGUCCUGUAGUAGCAGGAGUGAUUGGUGCUGCGAAGCCUCAGUAUGAUAUCUGGGGGAUGACAGUGAACCUGGCAAGCCGCAUGGACAGCACAGGUGUCAGCGGGAGGAUCCAGGUACCCGAGCCCACCCAGAAAAUCCUGGCAGACUGGGGCUUUGUGCUGGAGCUUCGUGGUGAGAUCUACAUAAAGGGAGUUAGCGAGCGGCAAGGGCGUUUACGGACCUACUUCAUCAGCAAUAACAGGGGCCAAAGGACCAGAAAUGGGCUUACUGGAGGCAGAACAGCCAGCCACAGCGGGGGCAGGAACACGCUGGCUUCUGUGGUGUUCAGCCUUCUCCGGGCAAUUCAAAAGGAGAAGCAAAGAGGCACCACUGGGAGAUUCACCUUGCCUACUAACAGUGUGCAGUCCUGAUAGAAAACUCUAAGCCUUGGCACACGUUACCUCUUUCAUUAACUGAACAAUGUGAACAUGUUGCCUUCACUUUCAAAGUGAAUUUCUACGAUAAUUUAAUAUCACAUAUACUUGUAACAAUUCCUAAAUGAACCAGAACACCAGUAUCCAUGCAGUGCUGCUGAUGAGACAUUGGGUCAUCAGUAAAUAAGAUGAGACACACUGCAACAUACUCACUUCUGGCCAAUCUCAGUCUGCAGGUGUGAUUUAUAGAGAUGCAUGAAUACUGAUAAUGCUCAUUUGCUCAUACUCGUAAUCACAAAUGAGGCUCCGAUACCAUGUGUCUAGUGCAAGUUGCUGUGCUAACAAACAGACAAUUCUUGUGUCCAGCAAUUUCAUCAUUCCAGUAAGAAUCAUACAUAUUCAGUACCAGAUCCACAGCAUGGGAAAUGGCACAAGCGCGAGAAUGAGAGAGAGAGAGCAAUACGGUGAGUGAGCUGUGGAGACUCAGCGAUCUCAACUUUAAACCCAGCAGCACAAAUUCAUAAAUUAUUUCAUCCAGCCACUGCUACUCCACCUUUAUGUCAAAGAUACAUUUAACACGACAUAUCCACUCCCCUCCUACUUUUUUCUUUCCUGAAAGUUUCAUUGGCUAUUGUGGUCCUGACAUCACAUGAUCAUUCUGGGGUAAUAAACAUACGUCAAUAGAAUAAAACAAAUCUCUAUUGUUUAGCUAAGCAUAAUUUCACAAUUUCCUAAAAAUAAGCUUGUGUGGAAAAUAAAAAUAUAAUGUGACACAACAAAACAAAACAAAAAAUUACCAUGCACAAGUUCUUGACUACUUAUUUUUUUUAAGUAGGCAUCAGUAUCUGUAUCUAAAUACUUGAUAUCUAUGCAUCCCUAGUGAUUUAUGUAUAGAAUAUGUUUUGUAUAUUAUAUGGACAUAUUUUAUGUUAUAUUUCUUGUUAUAGAUUGAAACUUGAGGAAGGCAAGGAUUAACCAGACUGUAGAUUUUGAAAGGAUUAAUGCCACAUCUUGUGUUUACUGUGUACUCAUACGACAGCAUAAAGGACCAUCACAGAUUCUUCCAAGAAAUGCGACAAUCCAAAGGUCCAUUCAUGUCAUGGAGAUGUUAACCAUAAUGUUUGUGGGUGAUAACAGGUUGAGAAUGUUAAACUUUUCAACAAAAAAAAAAACAACAUUUCUGCUGAACUGUUGAUGAAAGGCAUUACACUGACAUGGCAGGAACUAGUUUAGUGUCCCAUGACUUUUGCCAUGUCCCAUAAAAAGUUAAGGAAUGCUGAACUGACCAGCAGCAUGUGUGUCUGGGGCCUCCUGCAUUAAAUGUGUAUGUUCACUCUGACAAUUCUAGCCAGACACCACAGCGCUGUCCACUGUGGGUGGUGAUGCCUUCUAUAUCAUAUUCCUGAUACACAUUUGACACUGUGGAUUGAGGAAUGUCACACACUCAGAAAUGGAUUGUCACAUCCGUUUGACACCUAAUACAAGACCUUGCUCCAAACUCUGGUAAUUUAUAUCACAUUGUUAUGAGCACACUGGCCAAUUGCCUCACUCACAAGAUAAUACCACACAAAUCAUACAGGUGUGGGUGUUCCCAAGCAACGCUUCAUGAUCAUUUUAAAUUCUGCUAUCCUAUGACUUGUGGCAUGUACGUGUAAUAGGCUGUCUGACUCACCUAGGCUGCCAAUACAGCCUCAGAUUUUUCCUAGAUUUUUGAACAUUGCUGUGAGGAUUUUUUGCGUGUGUUUAGACAUUUGCAUACACAGUGAUCUGUGCAAGCAAAGCCAAAAGAUUUAAUAUUAAUUCUGUGUCAAAUGCAUAUUUUUGCUUCCUCAUUUAAGAGAAUAUCCACUUGAUGGCAAUGGCAGUCUGAAAUACCUCUCUCCUCAGAUACAUACUGUAUAUUUACAUUGUCAAUAUUAAUAUUGUAAAUAUUUUAUAUGGAACAUAUUAAGCACAUUUUAUCAUUAUCAUAGUACAUGUAGAAUACCAUAACAUGUUUGCAAAAGAUCAUUUUUAAAUACAAUCUUGUUAAGUAAAUGUAAGGUGAGGCGAGAUAAAUGAUAGGAACCCCUUUCCUUUAUACAGAAAUAAGGAAAUUGCUGCUGUAAUUACUGUAAAGUCUUCAAACUGUAAUGUUUGACCAAUACUGUAUGUAAUGCUCAUUCAAAUUGUUUUAGUAUUAGAUCUUUGUCAUUUUCUUAAUCAAUUUUUAUGCAUUCUUGUGCAGUGAAUUUCAGUUGACUGGAUACACUCUUAUAAAAGGGGUUCAUCAAUGGUUCCUUAGUAAAAUAAUUGAUUCUUUAUAGAACAACUCUCCAUGGACAUGACCACAAGAAACAUUUGAAUGCUUAAGUGGGUUUUUGGUAGUGUAGAGUUUUCUUCACAGUGAUGGAAAAUCAAAAAAAUAUCCACUAUAAUUAUAAAUUAAAGAACUAUUUUGAUAAGAGUGUAAACAAAUCACACGUCUUCAUUUACUCAAAUUUACUGGACUAAAAGAUUCUCUGGCUGAGACCAAUUAAAAAAAAACAUAGUGAUAUUACUUUAUUUUGACUUUUGACUCUGUUUUAUGUUACUAUGUUUAAUGCAGUUUUGUAAUGUUCAUCAUUUUUAAACGUCAGUGUCAAAAUGCAGCAGCCAUAUUUAUCUUGCCUUGGAGUAGAAACUUAUGAACAGUGAAUGGAUAAUUUCUCUGUAGAUUCCUGUAUAUUCUCAGACCAUCAGCAGCACCCAUGUUUAUCAGGACUGCAUGCCUUCCUCUAAAGUCGCUGUUAUAAUCAAUGCUGUAAUUACUUACCCAUUCCAAUAGUUUAUUUUCUACUGAACUGCUGGUGCAAUCUGUGACAAAUUCUAUGUUCAAACUGGCAAUGUAUCAUCUAAUUAUCACAUAAUAAAAUAUGUUACAUA